AAGAUUUCGUUGGAGUAAUUUUGGAGAGUCGCAUUUGACACUUGGAAAGAAGUGACGUAUCGGGCAAGAUUGCCUCGUUACGGCCCUGCUGCGACACGACGAAAAUAGCAGACGACAGUGCGCUGCGGCUGCCGUCCCGCUGUCCCGCCCCCCUCCUCCUCUCGACAUCUGUACGCGGAGGAAGCGAUCCGUUCAUAGCUUUAUCGAAGUUUUCUCGAAGUGCGAAAUUUUUACGAACGACGAAUCCACUGCGAAAAUGGCCGAGACAACGGAUCUCGGACUGAAAAAAACGUUUUGUAUAUUCGCGGCCGUGAUUGGCUGCUUCGCGAUGCUGUGGCCGACAAUUCUGCAUCCUGUGUUCAUAGGAUUUGUCACUCCACAUCACUCCAGAUCGGACGUGUGCUGCGAAGUGAUAUUCGAAAGCGAUGUCACUGCAGUGGACAUCAUGCAAGAAAUGUGUCAAAAUAUAUUGAGACAUCAUCCGAUUGAUCCACGCGUGAGAGACGCCUUAAAACUUAGCAAGCUGACCCCUCAAACCGCGAGUUUGUGUAGAGAAGAGGUUCUAGCCAGAUGCGGGAUAGACUUGUCGUCUUUUCUUGCCGAAAGAGAAAGUUUGGGAAAAACCUACAAACAAGUGUUGGAAGAGAUUAGAUCGUUCAAUAGCUCCCUUUGCCUUAAAAUGAAUUUCGGUGUGCCACUGUCGCAAUUAGGGACACCUCAUCUUAUUAGAUAUCAUAUCUUGAUGCCACACAAUGCUAUGCCACAAGAACGUCCUACUCCUCCUCAUGCAGGCGGAAUGCAUCCUGCGCUGAGAGAAAGGGGAAGGGCCAUACCAUCCUCUCAUAUUAUACCAAAGAUAAUGGAUAGACCUGACCAGCCUGACAACAUGCAAAAAAUGAGACCACCUCCCGGUGGUGCUGGUCACGUUGUUCCAGCACCCAAAGGAAACAAUCCCAUGGGGAUUAUUAUGCCAGUGUAUACAGUAGCAAUAAUCGUGUUUUUCGUAUAUACUAUUAUUAAGGUUUUUAAGAUCAAUACCGAAAGUGAGAUUAUUUCGGAAUAUUCAGGAGCAGCUGCUGAAAGAGAAUUUCGGAGAAAGGUAUUCAAUCCAGAAGCUCUUGCUGCUGCAAUAACUGUAGAUCAUGCCAAAUACUGUACAUUCGCCCCAUAUUAUCUAAGAGAAGAGUCACCGUACCCUGCUCCAACUAUUGAGGAAUUAAACGAUCCAGCAGGAGACAUAGAGAUAGAUCAACUGAGACAACGAUUGGUCGAGACGGAAGCAGCCAUGGAAAGAAUUGUUGUCCAAAUGGGCAACAUAUCACGUUCAGUAAAGCAUAACGCGAGCUCUCAGCCAGAAAUCAAGGAGGACACUGCAGACCAGGAAUCACAUAGUAAGGAGGAUGAAGAAUUAGACGUAGCAUUAGACGCAGCAUUAGACGCAGCAGAACAAUCUCCAACCGUUAAAGUCAUGGGUAUGGAAAUGACAGCUAGUUGUGAAAGUGGACAGAAAUGUAGCAGACCCACCACUCCCAUUAUUCCUGCACCAAGUAACAUUGAAAGAGAAAAAACGCCGCCAACACCUAUAUAUUUAGAGGGUGCACUUCCACCGCAAUGUGAAUUAUUGGUAACCGAUUCAGAAACUCAAGCUGAAAAGUCAGAGGACGAUGACGACGCUCCAGUUGUUCUCUCAGGCAAAAUGACUCUCUCUCUCAUCAGUCUCGACCAGAUUCCAGCUGAUUCAGAAGCUGAAAAUCCAGUUAAGAGAAAGGUUUUGGAUACUCAAGUGGAAAUUAGAGAUGUAAAAGAUACGAAAAAUACAAUAUUGCAAAAGGAGGAAGAUAAAAAAAAAGGAGAAGGAGAGAAGGAGGAACAUGGAGAAAAAGUAGAGGAAGAGGAAACUGAAGAGGAAAUAGAAGAAGAGGAAAAUGAAGAAGAAGAGGAAGUAGAGGAGGAGGAAAUUGAAGGAGAAAAGGAAUUAGAGAAAGAGCAACUAAAGGGAAAAAAAGAGGAAAAUAAAGAGAAAGUAGAAGAAGAGGAACUAGAGGAAGAAGAAAAUGAAGAGGAAGAAGAGGAAGAGCCAGAAGAGGAAGAAGAGGAAGAAGAAGAGGAAGAAGAGGAAGAAGAGGAGGAAGAAGAAGAUGAGGAAGAAUAUUAAGAAGAAAUGGAUGAGGACAAAUUGGAUUAAAAGUUUAAAAAACAUAAAGAAAAAGAAAUAAAAGUAAAAGAAACCAGCUAAGAGUGAAAAGACUUUUAAAAGUAAUUCUGUUUGUUCAGAUGGAUCAGUGUUUACCAAUCUUUAAUAAGUCCCUUUAUUAUAAUGAAAAUAACUAUGAUUAUCUCAUAAUAUAUACGUAUAUAUAAGAAAGCUGGUUAUGGUAAUAUGGAGAUGCAUAAACUGUUGGUUAAGCACUGCCAGAUACCUAAAAUGUUAUAUGUAUUACAUUUCCGGUUUUUUUAAAUCACUAUAUUUGACAUUUUAUAGAAUUGUAAAUUUAUUAAUCAUAGGGGCCAAAAGAAAGAGAGGCAGUGCUGUCUGUGCCACAAUGCAAUGAUGACAUAGAUACUUCGACCUAUUACAUUAUUGUAGUUAUAAACUUACGAUAUCUGUUUGAAGAAUGCCCAGUAGAUAAAAAUAACAGAAAGAGUUAUGAAUCUGUCCAAUUGUAGUAUAUAAUAUACAUGUCAAAUUCGGUGAUUGGCAAGCACUGAUACAACUUUCAUAAAAGCCAAAAAUCUUUUUUUGUACAAUACAGAUAGAGUU